AGCCGUCAUGUUUCGUGCUCAGGCAAACACGUUUGACGAGGUCGCGACCGACGAGAACUUGACGUCCGAGAACUGGGCCCUCAUCCUCGAUGUAUGCGAUCGCGUAUCGACCUCGCCAACAGGGCCUCAGUCAGUGACGGCUGCCUUGAUCAAGCGCCUCGCCCAUCGCAACGCCAACGUUCAGCUGUACACACUCGAGCUCGCCAAUGCCUUGUCGCAGAACUGUGGUGGCCCUAUCCACCGAGAGUUGUCCUCUCGCUCAUUCACCGACGCUCUGCUUCGUCUAGCUGCCGACCGCAACACACACCAGCAAGUUAAGAGCAAGAUCCUCGAACGCAUGCAAGAAUGGAAAGACAUGUUCAAGGGAAAUCCUGAUCUGGGCAUCAUGGAGCAAGCCUACGACAAGCUACGCUCCUCGAACCCUGGUCUCGCCCCACCUAGCAAGCCUGUCAAGCGUCAAAUCGAGGACACCGACCGUCGCAAGGAGGAGGAAGAGCUGCAGAUGGCCCUCGCACUGAGUUUGAAGGACAAGGCACCCGAACCAGACACUUCCUCGGCAAACUCGCCUCACCCUCAGUCCGACGCUCAGCAAGGUACAACAGCCGCCACUGUGAGCAGAGUAAAGGCUCUCUAUGACUUUGUACCGUCCGAGCCUGGUGAACUAGCCUUCAAGAAGGGCGAUGUCAUUGCUGUCAUCGAGUCUGUGUACAAAGACUGGUGGAAAGGAUCUCUACGCGGUCAGACGGGUAUUUUCCCCUUGAACUAUGUCGAAAAGCUGCAGGAUCCAACCAGAGAGGAGCUCGAGAGAGAUGCACAAACCGAGGCAGAUGUCUUUUCACAGAUUAGAAAUGUCGAGAAGUUAUUGGCCUUGUUGAGUGUCAGGGGUGAGAACACGCGCGACACGGGUAGCGAGGACGAAAUCACCGAUCUGUACAACCAGACCUUGUCAAUCCGACCCAAGCUGAUUGAGCUGAUCGGAAAGUACUCACAGAAGAAGGGUGAGCUCGUCGCGACUAUGAAGCUCUUUUGGAAUCCUCAAUGUCACAACCACAAUACCCUGCUCCAGCCCGCCAACACUCUGGCGGUUACUACAAUGCCUACCCUCCAAUGCAAUCUGGAUACCCACCCCAAGGCCCUCCUCCUGACCAGCGCUUCUACAANUCAACCUCCACCAUCCGAGCCUCAACAGAAUGCCUAUGCAUACCCUCCACCUAUGAGCAACCCAUCAGCAACUCCAGCACCAGCUCCUUUCCAUUUCCUUCCCAAUGGUGCCCCACCGCCAGAAGUCCAACAAAGCCCUAAGCCCAUGGGNNACCCGGUCCAAGUGCUCCUCCUGGGUGCCUACAAUCCUGGCAUGCAGCCAUAUAACAAUCGUCCUCAGAGCAUUCACACCCUUAAUUCGGGAAACCCGCAAGAGCUGAGUACGAGCGCUUAUGAAAGUCCUACUGACGGUCGCAACAACGUCUACGGUGCUGGUGCCCCCGUGCCAGCACCUCUGACCUAUGCUUCCACACCACAACCCACGAACGCACCUCCUGCACCGCCACAGCAACAGCAACAACAGCAGAUGCCAAUCAGACAACGCACUUCGAGCUUCGAAAGCCCGACGUCCAUGUACUCUGCCCAAGCACCCCAAGACACAUCUACCGCUUCCUACCCUCCACAUGGUGCUCAGCCUUCUGCUCCCCUACUUCGGCACCUGCCUACCAGGCCUACAAUCCUCAGGCAGGGACAGCAGCCACCACAACAGCGGCAGCAGUAUGCGCCGGCGGCUAGUGGCGAUGAUGCUAGUGAUUACUACCGC